AUGUCUCCCAGCCUUCAGGAAGGCGCUCAGCUUGGAGAAAGCAAACCCUCAUCUAGCUCCUUCUCAAUCGAGAGCAUUUUAGGACUGAACCAGAAGAAAGAGUGUACUCCAUCUGUGAAACCUCACAGGCCCUGGGGAGACACCUGCAGCUCAUCAGGGAAGGAUGAUACCUUGGAUCUACAGGUCCCGAGCCUGCCCAAUGAGAUUUCACUGUCUUGUACCAUUGAUUACCCAAUGCCUGAAGAAAGAAUUCUGAAAUAUGAAAGCUACUUUUCACCCUCAGAGAGAUUGUCUUUGAAAAGGGAAUUGAAUUGGUAUAGAGGCAGAAGACCAAGAACAGCUUUUACUCAAAACCAGAUUGAAGUGCUGGAAAAUGUCUUCAGAAUAAACUGCUAUCCUGGCAUUGAUAUCAGAGAAGAUUUAGCUCAGAAGUUGAACCUCGAGGAAGACAGGAUCCAGAUCUGGUUCCAAAAUCGACGUGCAAAACUGAAAAGAUCCUAUAGAGAAUCACAGUUUGUAAUGGCUAAAAAAAAUUUCAACGCAAGUGUCUUGGAGUAG